UGUGUGUGUGCGUGUGCGGGAGCGUGUGUGUGUGUGUGUUAGUGUGUGAGGGAGAGGGAGUGGAGAGUAGAGCUAUCUCUCAGCCACUGUGAGAGUGGAGCCGGCUGCUUUUGCCUGAACCUGUCGGCGCUCUGUGUAGCCGUGGAAGUCACAUGACAGAAGAGAAGGGACCGCGAGAACACCCAGCACUCACCUGGCCCAUUUCCCUCUGUCUGUCUGUCUGUCCGUCUGUGUGUCUGCAGGUCCACGAGUGCCUCUGUCUCUCUCUCCCUCUGUCUCUCGCCCGCUCUGUGCCGAGCUGAAGCCUGGCUUCAUUGUUUCAGUCUGCUCUCCGCAGGUGUACAUUGGACAUUACGACUUGCUCAUCGUCCCCCGCUGGUCACUUCACUAUCCUGAGUCUCUACAGGGGAGCGAGGCCUUCACCUGACUUGACUACCACUCGCUACUGCAGCGUAGCACCAUCUCAGCAGCAGUAAGGAGUGACCCCUUCCCCUCUGGACUCAAUGGCAGACGGUCGGCAGCCCGAUGACAGCACCCCGCAGUGGGCUCCCCCAGGGGCCCAGGGCCCCCCGGCCUCCGCCGCUCACGGAGAGAACGGCUUCUCCUCCUCCUACAGGGCGUGCCAGCCCGGCGGCCCCAAAGAGAACGGCUUCAAUGGCGACCUGUCCUCUGGACACGCGGUGACAGCAGAACAAGUGUCGGCACGGAUUGUGCAGGAGGUGACAGCUGAAGCAGUGGCAGUGCUGAAGGGUGAGCAGGAGCUCCAUCCAGGUACCGCCGUCAGGAUUCCGUCAGUUGAAGACUCUGCCAACCUCCCUCCCUCCCCCCCACCUUCGCCCGCCGCGGAGCACUUUGGACCCCUGGAGCAAGAUGUAGGGGAUGAGGAGGAGGCUGGGCCUCUCCGACGCUUCCAAAAUUCUCGCGAGAGGUGCAAGUUCCUCGCCCCCUCCAUCUCUGUGUCUGUGCCCGAGGAUGACCCCUACCACUCCGACGAGGAGUACUAUGAGCACCCUCUGUUCAGCCCUGAGUGGACGCGGUCUGGCUCUCGCCCCUCAGGGCAGGCCGCCGCAUUUAGACAGAUCGAAGAAGAAGAGACCGUAGAGGCUCUUACUACCGAGGAGGAGGAGGAGGAGGAGGAGGAGUUGGAGUUGGAGUUGGAGGAGGAGGAGGAUGAGGAGGAGGAUACUGCAGAAGCAGCAGCAACAGCAGCAGCUUUUGAGGAGCCAGAGGAGCAGUGGAGUGGGGAUGAGCCUGAGAAGGGGCUCCAAGCCGAGCUCCUAGAGCAGGCCGAGGUCAUAAGCCAACCCAAGGCUGAGCCCGAGGUCAUAAGCCAACCCAAGGCUGAGCCCGAGGUCAUAAGCCAACCCAAGGCUGAGCCCUGCCUGCAGGCCAUGGCUGAGGUGGAGGCAGUUAGUGCUGCCACGGAGGAGUCAAAUGGGAGGAGCAGUGAGGCAGGGUGGGAGGAGAGGCCAGAGGAAGCCUUGAAGAUGGAUGCAGAUAGACCUGGCCAUGAGAGGACCGCUCCCGCCGGCGUGGACUUCACCGAACUCGAGAGACAGCUGGAGAAUGUUCAAGCAGUUCCUUCAAAUGGCCAGAGCCAGGCAAAAGAACAACCAAAAGUCUCCACCCAAUUAUCUGACAGUCUGUCUGAACAGAAGAGUGUGACCAAACAGCUGUCAGCCGAAGUGUCUGAACCAGCCUCUUUGAAGUCCUCUGCAGUGACACAUGAAGAGAAAACAGAGGGUGAGGAGUCCUGGGCCUUUGGGGCGAAGCACACAGUCAGUGUCCAAUCUUCAGAGAUAUCUUUAAAAAAGACUCCCGAAGUAAAGGGAAAGGAGGAAAAGCCAGGGGACCAUGUGAAAGACAAGUCUGGCAUGUCCGCAUACUUUGAAACCACAACCUUGAAGGAGGAUGAGGCCCGAGUGCCAGGAGAAGGCUACUAUGAGCUGAGCACCGCAGCGGAUGAGAAGGAGGGCCUGGCAGCUCCAUCAACCCCUGAGAUCAGCUACUCAAAUCUUGCGCAGAACAAAUCAGUAGAAGAGAGCAAAAAGAGUACCCCUGAGGAGCAAGCAACUCUUCCAGCCAUCGAUAGAAGGGAUGAUUGCCGCCUGUCACCUGGAAAGUUGGCGUUGGACCAAAGAAGCUACUCUCUUAACAUCCCCAUUGGAGGAAUGGACCAAGGACGUCCCAGAAACUUCUCACCAUUAGCUACAGAUAUAUUAUCAUUCACGAGUGGAAGUCUAGAUGAAUCAGCUGAUUACCUUCCUGUCACAUCCCCAUCUGCGGAGAAGCUCCCUCCUUUCCCCCCUCUUGGCUUGGAAACUUCGGCCUCUGCCAUUGCACCAUCCUCACCCCCCCUGGGUACCGUCUCUAGUGCGAAGACAAGCCCUCGGGCAGAAUCCCCAGAGUCGCCCUUUCCUACUAAGUACCAGUACAAAAAUGGCACAGUUAUGGCUCCUGACCUUCCAGAAAUGCUGGACCUGGCAGGCACCCGGUCAAGGCUGACGUCUGAGAACAAUGACUCCGAGAUGAUGAGGAGGAAGUCAGUCCCUGCAGAUGUGUCAGCUCAUGUAAGUGAGUCCUUAGCCCACUUGGUUCUGGGUGACCAAGGUCAGAAGGCAGCAAGAAGUGAAAGUCAAUUAGAGGAGCUUGGAUACUGUGUCUUCAGUGAAUACUCUGGGCCUAUGCCGUCCCCAGCUGAUGUACACAGCCCUAUGGACUCACCCCCUCAGAUUUUCACCACGAUGCCAUCUGAAGAGAAGGAUGUAGGGCCAGUUGUCAUUUCUGUAGAGGGUACACCAGACAAAAAGGAUGGGACACCUGACUCCGCUAUCCCUUCCAAAGAUAAAGAUGUCAAAAUGGACAAAACAGUUGUCUCAGCUGAAAAAGACAGCUCAGAUACCAAGGACAGUAAAGGGAAAGAAGAUGAUACCAAGACUGCUGAGGUUGAAGGCCAGGCUGUUCCUAAACCAGUUGAAUCUUUUGUGACACCAAUGGUAAUGGUUACCCUUGAAGAGACAGAGCCUGACAAAGAUGCUGAGGGGAAUAUUUCAGCAGAGGAGUAUGCCGCAAUAGCUGGCUAUGAAAGACAGAUUCGCAAACUGGAAAUGGAGGUCAGACCACUGAGCGUUGAAGAGGAGCGUGAACUGCAGGAAUUGAGGGAGAAGGUGAAAAACAAACCAGACCUGGUGCACCAGGAAGCUUAUGAGGAAGUCGAUGCAGAGGAUGUGUACCAGCUGACUGGAGUUGCAAAAGACAGAAUUACUAGACCCAUUAGGCCAUCCCCUGCGUCGUCUGUUGAGAGCGCCACUGAAGAGGAGAAGGUGAGUGCUGAACCAGAGAGGCCUAAGCAGCAUGAAGGUGCUGAAGCCCCAGUGGCAGAGGUCAUGAGGGCAUCUACACCAGAGCCGGUAGAGAAGGUGACAAAAGAGGAAAAAACAUCUGGCCCAGAACCAAAGCAGGAUGUUCCAGAACCCACUGACAUGACAGUCGCUGAGGUCAAAGCUCAACCUGUUGUUACAGCAUCUGCAGAAUCUGCUCAGGAUUCAACUACCAUGCCAGCACUGCCACAGAAAGGGGAGGAUAAGGUGGAGAUGGGAGAGGAGAUUGAACUGGCAGAAGAGCCAAAGGAAGUCACGCAGGAGGUUAAACCAGAAGUGCCUGCAGAAAAGACAGCUCCAGAGCUCCCUGGAAAAGUUGAGAAAGGUAAAGACCAAGAGGUGGAAGAUAAAGAUGCACUAGAAAGGGCUGGAAAGGUUGAGAAAGGUAAAGACCAAGAGGAGGAAGAUAAAGAUGCACUAGAAAGGGCUGGAAAGGUUGAGAAAGGUAAAGACCAAGAGGAGGAAGAUGAAGAUUCACUAGAAGGGGCUGGAGCACUGGCAGAAAAAACAGUGGAACCUCGAGCUGCCAUUGAGUCUGUGGUGACUGUAGAGGAUGAUUUCAUCACGGUGGUCCAGACCAUUGACGAAGGCGAGUCGCCUGUGCACAGUGUGCGCUUCUCAGCUCCUCCACAGGAAGUAGAGCCUCAGACGCCACAGACGCUGCAGGAGGCUGAAGAGGAGGAAGAGGAGGAGGAAGAGUCAGUGGAGAUGGCACAGGAAGUUGAGAUGGAGGCUCCCAGUCUGGAGGGAGUACCAGAUGUUCCAGAGGCAGCAGAGACCCCUGUACUUCCCCUGAAAGAGCCAGAGGUGGUGACAGAGUCUGAGGCUCCAACCGAGAGCUAUGAUGACUACAAAGAUGAGACAACCAUUGAUGACUCCAUCUUAGACAGCUCCUGGGUGGACACCCUAGCAGAUGACGACAAAAGCAUGGCCACUGAGAAAAUUGAACCUCCUCCUAAAAUGCGAAGCCCGGUGAAGAAACCAGCGGUGGAGAAGACGGUUAAGCAGAAGCCCAAGGGGGUUCGGGUAAAGGGGCGCGUUUCCACUCCGGAACGCAAACCUGUGCGCAAAGAACCGCUCCCCAUCCCCAAGGAAGACGCCAGGAAGAAAAAAGCUGUCAUUAAGAAGGCUGAGUUCCCCAAAAAGUCUGAAAUUCAGACUCGCUCUCCCUCCCGCAAGAGUGCUUUAAAACCCACUGUCAGGCACCCUAGACCUGCUCAGCACCACGCCUUAAGGCGGAGACCCACAGUCUCAGCAGAUGGACGCCAGCCCUUUAGUGUGGCCAGACAGUCACGGGACAGGACCUCUAUCCCCACCCCCUCCUCACUAACAAAGAUCCCCAAAUCCCGAGUGGCGGCCAUGCUCCCCCCUCGGCCCAACUCGGCCUGCUCCAACACAAUAAAGAGCCUUCAGAUGGAGGCUGACGGGUUCGGGCCCCGGCCCUCGUCGGCUGGAGCCCGUGAUUCCCCCUUGCUGCACAGACUCAUAGGAAAGGAUGGCGGCUCCAGGAGCCCAGAGAAGAGGUCAUCUCUGCCCAGGCCGGCCUCCAUCCUGAGCCGACGCCACCACCCAGCCGAGCCGGAGGAGAGCUCCACCUCCAUCACCAGCUCCGGCUCCACAGCGCCACGCAGGCCCACAUCAUUCCGCGCUGAGUUCAGAGCCGAGUAUAGGACGGGAAGGGCCCACAGCGUGGCUGGUAGGACAGAGACAAGCCGCUCUGAGUCGGCCCGUUCUCGCUCCGCCCGCAGCGGCACCUCCACCCCCCGCACGCCCGGCUCCACGGCCAUCACCCCCGGCACCCCGCCCAGCUACUCCUGCCGCACCCCGGGCACCCCGGGCACGCCCCGCACGCCCAAGUCCCUCAGCCUGCUGUCCGGCGAGAAGAAGGUGGCCAUCAUCCGCACACCGCCCAAGUCCCCGGCCACUACGCCCAAGAUGCUGCGCGUCAUCAACCAGCCCCUCCCUGACCUCAGGAACGUCAGGUCCAAGAUUGGCUCCAUCGAAAACAUCAAGUACCAGCCCAAGGGGGGCCAGAUUCAGAUUUUAAACAAGAAGCUGGACUUCAGUCACAUACAGUCAAAGUGCGGAUCCAAGGAUAAUCUGAAGCAUUCUCCUCGUGGAGGCAAUGUUUUCAUUCCUAGCGUAAAGCUGGACUUUAGCCACGUCAGGGCAAAGUGUGGCUCCAUGGACAAAGUGCAGCAUGCGGCAGGCGGCGGGAAUAUCCAAAUCCAGUCCAAGAAACUUGACUUGAGUCACGUGACUUCCAAGUGUGGUUCACUGGACAACAUUCGCCACCGGCCAGGAGGUGGAAAUGUGCGCAUUGAUAAAGUGAAGCUGGACUUCAAAGACAAAGCCCACGCUAAGGUGGGCUCCCUUGAUAAUGCCCAUCAUGUUGCCGGAGGAGGACAAGUAAUGAUCGAGAGCCACCGGCUCUUGUUCCGCGAGGUGGCUAAAGCGCGGGUGGACCACGGUGCCGAGAUUGUGACCCAGUCACCCGACGGGACGUCCCCGCACCGCCAAAGCCACAUGUCGUCCUCGGGCAGCAUCAACCUGAUGGAGUCCCCGCAGCUCGCCACGCUGGCAGAGGAUGUCACCGCCGCCCUGGCCAAGCAGGGCUUGUGAGCAGUCCAGCUGACCUCCUAUGGUCCAACCCCAUCUACCUGUGACAGCCACUGCCCCUUUCACUUAUGGUUCAACUUUACCCCGUCAGCUGCGCUCCUUCUUGCCCUCAACGACCAAGCCCUCAUAUUGCCGGGAGCCCCACUCCAAUGUGUGGAAGACGGUGCCCCUCCAUCCUGAACUCCAUCCUCAUGCAGCGCACAUCCACCUACUGGGACUGUAGUGACUCUAUUUAAGGAAACAAAAUACAAAAUAGAAACAAAAAGGGGGGGGGGGGGGGGAAACCAGACACCGUACAGUUUUUGUCUAUUUCAUUUUUUUGGUCAGUUUCCAAAGUAGAUUAGAAGUUACCAGUGCUUUUCCUCCUUUUCUGUUUGACUUUUUUAUGGUGUGUACAGAUAGUGGCCUGAAGCUCUGAUCCCAGAUCAGCUGUAGCUGUUUGCACAAAGUAAUUAGGUAGGACCAGGAACGGGAUUGGCUGACUUCUGGUCAGCUUUGGAACAGCCUUUUUCUACAAUAGGCAGGAAUUGAUGAGAGGCCAUUCCAUGCAGCUUGCCUUCUUUUGCUUGGCCAGUGCAUGGACUUGAAACACACCCCCCAGCAGCAAGUCAUGCUCACCUAACCUCCAGUAUGAUAUAAACUAUAGCUAUAAACAUGUGUAUAAACAUACCAGCUCCUCAUCAGCAAUUUCAAUUGAUUUUAAAACUAAGCAAUCACUUAUACCUGUAAAAUUGCAUCAUUGCAAAAAAAGAGAGAUGAGAUUAUGGUAUGAUGAGCAUGUAUCAAUUCUCACACAAAAGGAGGCUAUUUUGUAUCUUCAAAGAAUUUUAGUAGGUUAUUCCCUGAAUCAUUGGAUUAAAUGAGCAUUUCACAUAUUUUGUAGAUAUUAGUGUCAAUGUUAUGCUUGUCAAUUACCUCAGUCGACCUGCAGUUGUGGCCCAAGGUUCUCUUUCUCUCUCACUCACUCUCUCUCUCUUUCUCAGUCUAUCACUCUCUCUCUCUUUCUCAGUCUAUCGCUCGCUGUCUCUCUCCAGAAAUGGCUCUGAAUUUGGCUGUAAGCACUAACUAUAUUUGAACAUAGCUGUGUUAUUCUCUCAUGCACUGUUUGACCCAGUUGUGUCACACUCUCGGCUUAGCUGAGUGACCUUUUGGAGGUCCACAGAAACCUUACACAGCCCACAGUGCAUCAGCUCAACAUCACAGAGACCAGUGGGUGUCCUUGACAUACUUCUCAGCUGUAGGCCCUCGGUCAGCUGAGAGUGGACCCUAUGGGCCUGCGGUAGUCUAGGUAACCUUUUUUUUUUUAAUUGAGCUGUGGUCAUUAUUUAAAUGGAUUGACUUGGGUGCAGGGUGCAGCUACUCUGAGCACGGUUGUUGUGUCAGACAGACCCUGUGUUUCGCCAUGUCACCUUUGGAUGCUGUAGGUUUUGUUGAGGUUUUCUUUGUGCUGGAUAAACUAAAAAGGGACAAAAAGUCAGAAAAAAAAUACAAAAUGACAUUUCAAAAAGCAUACAUAAAAAAAGGAAACUCAGUCAUCUCUUGCAACUGUUUCAUAAAGUGCUCCAGUAUAAAUGUUUUUAUUUCUCUCUCUUUCUCUCUCUCUCUGUCGUUAUUUGUGGUAUCCCAAACCCUCUGGAUCCCCUGAUGUUUGUUAGCUUCUGUGUUUCUCUGCACCCCAAGCCUUGCCCUUCCCCAUUUCCAACCCACCUACUCCCUCACAGCAACUGUAAAUGUAUUUAAAAGUCAUGUAGAUGUUUGCUGUUUUUCUCUUGUUGAUCUGAUACCGAUUACAAAUGCUCAUAUGAUAAUGACAAUAUCUAAAAAUAAAAAAAAUCAAUUCAAUUGA